UCUUAUCACCGUUUCCUCAUUGCCAUUGCCUGGAAUAUUGCUCUGUGCUGAAAUGCAAUGUAAUUUUGACCUGUGUCCUAUUAAACUGCUCGAAGGCAUGGCUACCUCGUUGGGCUGUGGCAGCAGCUGUAGGUCCGUGGUACCUUUCUUCAGUUAAAUCAAUAUCGUCGCCGUGCUUGGGUUUGUAACCUUUAGAAUAGCUAGCGAGCUACAAUAGCUGCAAUAAUUGAUUCAGCGAAACAUCAAUAACCGGGCAAUACAAUAAAGCUGCAAAAGGAGCUAAAACAAGCGAAUACGCUGAGAAGGAAGUAGGAAUUAUGAAGCUCUUUAACCAUGUCUAAGGCCGCGGUGAAGAAGCUGCACUGGCGCUCCAAGGUGCAGGAGAGCUUUGUCCCCCUUGGCGGUGCCUCUGGGGAGCUGGGCGUGGCCAUCGGGGGUGGAGCCGACUACGGAGAAUUCCCCUUUGUCACCGCGGCUCCUGGGGGCGGGGCCACGGUGGGUGACAUCAUCCUCGAGAUCGGAGGAACUCCUGUCCUGGGAAUGACACUGGGGGAUGUCAGGGGGGUCCUUAAUUCCUGCCCCCAUCCCAUCCGCAUCAAGACCGUCUCUCCAGGCUCCUCGCUGUGUAAGGACCUGAGGUUGUACCUGAGUAAGUGCUUCACGCCGGGCUCCAUGGACAGCCAGCUCCAGCAGGUCAUCCGGGAGAACCUCUACCUACGGGCCGUCCCCUGUACCACCAGACAACCACGGGACGGGGAGAUCUCGGGGGUGGACUACAACUUCGUCUCCAUCGAGGAGUUCUUCUCCCUGGAGGAGUCUGGGGCUCUGCUGGAGAGUGGCAAGUUUAAGGGAAACUACUACGGCACCCCUCGACCGGUGCACAUCGGACCCGAAAGCCCACCCAUCACCUACCAAGAACACCGCAACCUGCUUCGGAACUUCCGCACCCGCAGCAAGUCCCUGAGCAACCUGGAGAAGGCCGCCGAAGAGGGGGAGAACAGCGAGGAGGACUCAGGGCUGUCAGGUGGCUCAGUGGCUGCUAGCAGCGCCCCUCCCCCGACCCUGUCCCCCAGCCAGUCCCGGGACUCCAGCGGAGGGGACGGUAGUGCCUUGGAGAAUGGUGGCAGCACGAGUGGUGGAAGAGGGGGGCUGCCCGAAAACUGGGAGCUGGCAUUCAGCGAUUCAGGGGAGCCAUAUUACAUCGAUCACAACUCGAAGACCACCAGCUGGCUGGACCCACGGGCUCAGAGCAGAGAGGUUGUCAGCAAGACAGAGUUGCCGCCGUUCACAGACCAGCCCAGUGAGCUGAGGGGCUACUCCAUCCACACGCGCCUGUCCAAGGGACCGCGGGGCUUCGGCUUCAACAUCGUCGGGGGCAGCAGGCCCAGGGAGUUCCUGCAGGUGUACAGUGUCACGCCGGGAGGACCCCCUGCGCUCAACACAGCGGAUAUCCUUGUGUAUAUCAACGACACCUGUGUACUGGGGAUGUCUCACAAGGAGGUGGUGGAGAUGCUGAAGUCCGUCCCAGUGGGCCACAGUGUGGACGUGGUCCUGCGGAGGGGCUACCCCAUGCUCUACAACCCGGACGGCUGCCCCAAACAGCCGCACUCCGUAUCCAUGGACACCCGGGACUCCACGCCCCCCACCACCUCGCAGCCCCAGGCACACAACCCGCAAGGACACAGCGUCCAGCAGCAGCAGCAGCAGCAGCAGCCUGCACACCUCGGCCUUAAUGGGAUCCUGUCCCACCUUGACGCACCGUACCCCGGCAUGCAGCCCGGCCCGGGCCUGGACGCCAACGGCAACGCGGCCCCGCUCGCCCCCCAUGCCCCGCCCUCGUACCCCCACUCAAACGGGAACGCCCCUCCCCCCUCUGCCUCCGUCCGCCCGCCCCCCUCGCUGAAGGGCGUCCCCCCACCGCCACCCCCCGAGCGCUCCUCGGCCAGCCAGAGUGAAAGCGAGGCGGUCUCGUCUGCCGGCUCGCACAGGGCGUCCCUGAUCCGCAACCACAACAACAACUCCCUCCCUGGGCCCCCUCCGCUCCUGCACACCCCCAAGUCCUCGGAGAGCGACCUGUCCACCUCCACGCUGCCCAUCUCCAAGCUGCCCCUCCCGCAGCCGGAGGUGGGGACAGCCACGUCCCCCGGGGGGGCGCACGCCCGCCUCAUGAAGCCCCAGCCCUCCCUCCUGAUGCCCCCGCCCUCCGAGGCCCCGCCCUGCGGCUUCAACGGCUGCCCCGCCAGCGCUGGCGGCAGCAGCCCCGGCAGCAUCCCAUCGCCCGGGGCCACGGUGGCGGGCGGCAGCGGUGGUGAGCUGGUGCCGGUCGCGCUGGGCCGGAGCGAAGGGGGCGGCGGCAUGGGGUUCAGCGUGACGGCGGGGGGUCAGGGGGGCAGGCUGGCGCUGGUGAAGAGGGUGUGGGACAGGCGGCAGUGCCCCUCCCUGCAGGCUGGCGACGCCAUCAUCAAGAUCAACGGGGCCGACGUGCAGAGCCUCAGCUUCGCGCAGGUUCAGAGGGUCCUACAGGAACACACCAAACAAGGAGAAGUGGUCCUACUGGUUUACAGGGGUGGGUCCCUAUGUUCCCCCAUCUCCCCCAACUCCUUGAAACGAAAUCCUCCCGCUCUCCUCCGACCCCCUCUACUCUCCCUCACCUCCAACAACCCCUCCCCGCCCUCAGAUUCGCUCGCACCACCCCAAACCACGCUGACACCCCCAUCCCCCUCGUUGGACCUCCCCUCCCUGGUCCAGAGCACCAGCUUCCUGGACUCUGUGCCUGUCACCCUCACCCUGGAGCCCAGGGACUGGCUGGGCGUGGAGGAGGGGGGCACCCUGGCCCUGGCCGACAGGGGCGCGGCCGCCGGCCCAGGACUGGGCGCCAGAGGGCCAGAGGAGGCCAGGAACGCCCUCAUGUCCCGGGCCUUCGAGGUGGAGCUGAGGCGGAGGCCGGGGGAGGGGUUUGGAUUUGUCAUCGCGUCGCAGGACGUGGAGAAUGGCCGGGCCUCCUCCCUGCUGCCGCACCGCUUCGUGACGGUGCGCCGGGGCAGCCCCGCGGCUCGCAGCGGGCAGAUCCGCCCAGGUGACCGACUGGAGGCCGUGGAGGGCCGCUCAGUGGUCGCCCUGCCUCACAGGGAGCUCGCCCAGAUUCUGCGCCGUGCUGGCAACACCCUGCGCCUCACCAUCGUCCCCCGCUCCAGCACCAACUCCUCCAGCCUGUCAGAGUCCACAGAUUUCGACCCCAAUUACAGAACGAGGAAAAAUCACAGGUCACGCCCCAAGCAGGACUCUAGAUACUACAGUGUGGAUCUGGAGAGAGGUCCCACCGGUUUCGGGUUCAGCCUGCGGGGGGGCAGUGAGUACAACAUGGGCCUGUACGUGCUGGGGUUGAUGGAGGGGGGCCCCGCCUCACGCAGCCAUAAGAUCCAGGUCAGUGACCAGCUGGUGGAGAUCAAUGGGGACAGCACGGCAGGCAUGACCCACAGCCAGGCAGUGGAGCAGAUCCGCCGAGGGGGUCACCGCAUCCACCUGGUGCUGAAGAAGGGGAACGGAUACGUACCUGACUAUGUGGAGCUGUCCAGCUUGUCUCUCUGUAUGACCAACUCCAAGCUUGGAGAGCCUUGUUUCUAUGUCAUCGGACGAACAGAGAAUAUGCGGUUGGUAACCGUUCCUGCCGUGAGCUCGGAGCAGCCUCCCCCUCCUCCUCACUGUACCCCGAGGAGCCGGGUAUGGCUGCAGUAGGUGAUCCCGACCCUGCCUCCAGGAAGGGUCGGAGGUCAAAGGUGGAAAAAAAGAGGGGGACUCGAAAGGGCAGGGGGAGGA